GCCGCUUUACGUCGGGAUCUAUUGGGUGGGAUAUUUGAGUUAGAUUAGAGUUUGGAGUUAGAGCUGGGGUAGGAUUAGUUUUGGCCCAGAGAGUCGAGAUACCGCUUAAACGGCCUCAGCGCAGUACGGUCUUAUGGAGUAGAUAUUAGAAACGCUUAAAGAAGACCAAACGCAUAUUCGGGCAGGCUGAGAUGUGGCUUUGAAGGUGCGACUGAAGGCAACCCAUCAAUGAUUUGAUAAAAUGCUUCAACACGAGUCAACCCCCACUGCUUACAAGGUUCUGACAAUCAUUGGGCCAUGCUUCAAUGGAAUUGGAUCUGUGUGGCUAGCACGGCAUGCAACAUCCGGCAAUCUUGUGGCUGUGAAGAAAUACGAGGUUGACAAAUGUAACCAUGAAAUACUGGAGAUGCUCCAGCACGAGAGCCGCAUGAUGCGCCAGCUGCGCCACCCCAGCCUGAUGCCCUGCCUCAGCUCCUUCGUCUGCGGCUCUCAGCUGUGGAUGGUGGAGCCGCUCUGUGGCUAUGGCUCUACCAAGGACCUGUUGGCUGCCCAUUUCAACGAGGGCCUACCCGAGCGCGCCAUCGCGCUGAUCCUGCGCGACGUGCUGCAGGCACUUGAGUACCUGCAUCAGCAAGGCUGCAUACACAGGAGUGUCCGGGCGUCUCACAUAGUGGUGAGCGACGCCGGCCGGACGUACCUGACCGGCCUGCGCUCCAGCGUCAGCCUGUACCGGCACGGCCGCCGGCUGCCCCGGCUGCACCGCUACCCGGACUGUGCCGCCGACAGCCUCAACUGGCUCAGUCCCGAGAUACUGGCCCAGGACCUGCGCGGCUACUCGGAGACAUCCGACGUCUACAGCGUCGGCAUUACCGCCUGCGAGCUGGCCAACGGCAUGGAGCCGUUCGCACAAAUGCUGCCCACGGCCAUGCUGUACGAGAAGCUGGACGGUGAGGGCGUGCCUGGCCUGCUCGACUCGUCCACCAUCGACGCCAGCUACGUCGACCAGGAGCUGUCUGCGCAGACUGACGACCUCGGGCAAGGAGACCGGGGCGAGCUGAGCAGCUUCCAGCGGGUGAUGCAGGCAGCUCCGCGCCGCCGCUUCACCGACUGGUUCCACCAGCUGGUGCGGCUGUGUGUGGAGCGCGACCCGCUGCGGCGGCCGGCCGUCGCGCGCCUGCUCACGCACCCGUUCCUGGUGCGACACUGCCGGCGCGCGCCGCCGCUCACGCACCUGCUGCGGCCGGGUGUGCCCGUCAACGAGGCCACGCUGCUCGAGGGUGAGCAGAUAAAAAGCGACUCGCUGGUCUCGGAGAUGGUGAGUUUGCAAGUAGGCACGAACGCUUGGGAUUUCUAAGUAAACGUGGAGCGAGCGAACACCAAUAUCUGGCAGUUGAAGGCGGUCUCCGAUGGGUGAAGCGCCAAGCCGGUGCGCCACGGAGAGCCGCGCGUCAGCUAAGCCGCGACACCGGAGAGCUCUGUGUCACCCGACAGUCAGCGUCAGCGCCUGGCGGUGCGCCACGGAGAGCCACGCGUCAGCUAAGCCGCGACCCCGGAGAGCUCUGUGUCACCCGACAGUCAGCGUCAGCGCCUGGCGGUGGGAGAACGCCGCCCCGGCCGCGCCAGUACAAACACGCGCACUCCGACUGUGAUAGGAGCUCCGCUGAGCGCGGGCCAACGGAGCGGCGCGGCCGGCGUGGGCAGGGCAGGGGCACCCGAUAGGAGGUAGGCCUAUUGGCCGUCCUGCACGCCUCGGAUUACCUGUUAUCGAGCUUCUCACUCCGCAAUAAAUCAACCUACCUGCGGGCCGCUGUUUCGCUUUACCGGACGCCGGUUGUUUGGAGGGUGAUUCGGCGGUGGCGAUGUGAUGUCAAUUGAAUGCUUAGUGGUUCAUUGGGAUUACGAUCUCUGUUUUGUGAGAAUAACGUAACCCCUUGCACGUUAGAACUAUUUCCCUUUACGGACUAUUAACUAUUUCUUUUGAGUAUUAUGUCACGAACUAUUUCCCUUUACGAAGUUUAGAACUAUUUCCCUUUAGAUCUCCCAUUUUUCCUUUCACGGGAUGCAUUACUCUGCCGAGCAUUACAAUCCUUGUUUGGUGAUGCUCGGGUUCGCUGAACACCGUCCCGAGCAGCCUGUGUGUCGCUGGAAGAUUGCGCACGGCUCUCACCUGGCGCGGCUCGCUGGCCACAGUCGCGUGAUGGGCGAUGUGCUCCGGUGUCAUUCGCUGAUGGGAGAAGCGGCAGCGUUUUGUGAAGUGGUAGUUCUGUCACGUUCAGCGUUUGCGCACUUUCUCGCCGCGCGGCCCCACACCGGGCAGAAAGGUGCGACACUUUUGAAUCCCACUGCUGGAAUGCCAGGCGCGGACAGAUCUUAUCGUUUCAUUUUUCCCAUACUGAACGCAAACGGUGUUUAUUACUUUAUCAACUACGUUGAUGAGACUCACCGCGCAUUACACAGUCGCAUAAAUCGACUUGCAAUCGAAGCGUUGGCACGUUUUCAUCGUUGCCAUCCUUCCAACUUUUGUUUCUUGAGGAAGAUGGAACCCCGCUGGCGGCAUUAAAGUGUGAUGGUGCUUUUACGUCAAUGACAAG